UAUGUUGUAAGGGUAUUUUACAAUAACAUUGAUUUUUACCAGAAAUUAAAUAGAAUUUUCCGAUCCGGAAAUUGCUUAAGACUCUUAUUUUGAUAAGGGGAUAUCGCUUGAAACACAAAUCUGGCAACCCAGCUGACACUUUGCACCUUGAACGGCGGCGGCGCUAAUGGCCCGCCUUAACGCCACAGCUGAGUAGAGUGAACUGGACACGGACCGGUUAACUCCUGCUGUGAGGCUACGGAGAAAAGCCCACGGAGACAAGAGACGUAAAUUUGACCUUCAAUGGAAGCCAGAUAAAUACAACUCGAGUCAGCUUCCUCUGACAUGAGCGACCUAGACCAUGGGAGUGGGCCCGUAACCCGCCGGAGGAGGAAAACCCUCUCCAGCUGUGGAGCGGCCACAGCGCAGCCGACCAGCGGCAGCAAGGUGAAUGAAAAGCGUGCGAAAUGUGGCCAGUCUCCCGUUAAGAGCAGGGCAGAGGGUGAGCAGCUCAGUGAUGUGGGUGACGGCGAAAAGAAGACGAACCAAAGGAUGCCAGCGGGACAGAGCAGCCUGAGGAAACAAAAGAGUGCUGAAGACGACGUCAGCGAAAGACUCAGCUGCCACGUUCUCCAGGAGUCUCUGUUGAGCUCGGCCAGUGGUUACAGCAACUACAGAGGGAUCCUAAACUGGUGUGUUAUCAUGCUGGGGUUGACCAACGCACGUCUGUGUCUGGAGAACAUUAUAAAGUACGGUAUCUUGGUUGACCCUAUCCAAGUAGUGUCUCUUUUCCUUAAGGACCCCUAUAGCUGGCCUGCAGCUUGCCUCAUCAUUGUGUCCAACUUUUUUAUCUUGGCAGCUUUGUACACAGAGAGACGUCUGGCUGUGGGCACCAUCUCUGAAACCACAGGGCUGAUCCUUCACAGUUUAAACCUGACCAUUCUGUUGAUCUUCCCUACAGCUUUAAUUCUCUCUGUGACCUCCAUCACCCCAGUGGGGAGUUUUGUCUCUCUGGGCAUCUACACCGUCCUGUUCCUGAAGCUCUACUCCUACAAAGACACCAACAGAUGGUGCAGAGAAAUCAGACAGGCCAAAGCUAAAAGGCUGACACGAUCUCAUUCAUGUCCAUCUGUGGCUGACUCUAAUAACCUCUCAGCUUCCACUCGAGUCUCUUAUCCAGGAAACCUCACCCACAGAGACAUGUACUACUUCAUAUUUGUCCCCACUCUCUGCUACCAACUCAACUUCCCACGGUCUUCACGAGUGCGUAAGAGGUUCCUGAUCAGAAGACUGCUUGAAAUGCUUUUCCUCAUGCAGCUCCUGGUGGGAUUAAUACAACAGUGGAUCGUUCCCACAAUACAGAACUCCAUGAAACCAUUCCAGGAAAUGGACUUCUCCAGGAUGGUGGAGCGCAUGUUAAAAUUAGCUGUCCCCAACCAUUUCAUAUGGUUAAUAUUCUUCUAUUGGUUUUUUCAUUCCUCAAUGAAUUUUGUGGCAGAGCUGCUGCAGUUUGGAGACAGAGAAUUCUACAGAGACUGGUGGAACUCUGAGACCGUCACCUACUUCUGGUCCAACUGGAACGUUCCCGUUCACAAGUGGUGUCUGAGACACUUCUAUAGACCACUGCUGAGGAAAGGAACCAACAAGUUCAUGGCAAAAACUGCAGUUUUUCUUCUAUCAGCCUUCUUCCACGAGUACCUGGUCAGUGUUCCUCUGAAGAUGUUCAGGUUCUGGGCCUUCAUGGGAAUGUUGCUCCAGGUUCCUCUGGCCUGGGUAGUGAGUCACUAUCUCAGUGGAAACUAUGGAAACGCUGCCGUGUGGAUCUCAAUCAUCAUUGGUCAGCCGGUCGCUGUGUUGAUGUAUGUCCAUGACUACUAUGUCACUCAUAAUGAGAGCAGCACAUGAGACUUCACACACACACACACACACACACACACACACUCCAGCCUCUGAUAUCAGCCUGCUAAUAAAUACCAGGAAUAACUGUAAAAACAUACUUCAAUAAGUCAUUUAAAAAAAAAAACAGAUCAAAUGAGAAUUCUGAUUUUCCAGUUUCUUCCACUAAUGUUCUGGGAAUUUCUGAUGGUGAAACAAAAGUGAGAUUUUUACUAGAAACAAAACCAAAUGCACUUGUGUCUGGUGUUGUUGUUGAUAAUCCAGGUCAGGAUAGCUGAAUCAGUCCGUCCACAGGCACAGUUUGACUAUUCUGUCUGAGUGUGUAUUUAUACACACAUCUUCAUCUUUGAUGCAGUUGUACGGCAUUUUUAAAUGACAUUUAUAAAAGGUGAAUCUGUGAAAAAAAAAAGAUUAUUCACAAGACGAGAAAACAAUGUUUUUAUCUAAGGAGAACAUGCUGCAUGGUCAGAUUUUCUGUGACCAACGUUUCAUUUUGUACUUUAUAUUAAUUAUUGUAUUUGUUGACGUGGAUGCAGUUGUUUUAACACAGUAUUUAUGUUUCCUGUUUGUUUGAUGUAGUGGUUGAUUUACAUUGAUCUGAACAAAUUGAUUUGUUUUGCACUUUAAAGAGAUGCAUGCCGUCAGAGCAAUAGAUUUCUAUGAAUGUAUUCUUCACAGGGUUUCUAUAGGGAGAGUAUAUAUAUAUAUAUAUAUAUAUAUAUGGAUUU